AUGGGCACCAGGCCACCAACCCCGCCAAACGGGCGACGCUGCCCGAGAAGGGCGCCGGGCCUCGGGCUCCCACCCACGCGCCCCUCUGGGUUUCCUCGAGGGCGUCCCGGCCUCGUGGGCCGCCGUGGGCUGACUUCUUUGGGUCUGAAGAUUCAGGAUGAGCACUCAGAGUUCCAGACUAAGUGGGUCAUCAUGAGAACGGCCAAAAACAAUCAAAUUGUGCUGAAGCUUCCACUUCUUGACAAAUGCAACACACCUAAAAGCUAUGACCACCCUGAAGUUCUGCGUCACACCUUUGAGAACCUGUCUAAACUUCACAAGCUGCUUCCAAAUCAUCUGAUGGAGACACUUUAUUCCUACAACAGUGAACAGGACAAACAAAAAUGUGAGAAUUCUGAACUCUCUGGAUUAGAAAGGAUCUUAGCAAGACAUGAGUUUCCAGAAGAGAUUAAUCUGACCCCAAAUCCAAGCAGUAUGUCCCUGUGCAAAACAAAAACCAUCAACAAUGCAAAUUAUGGGUGGAAGAAAUGCCACUUGCUGAGUAAAAACAUAAAGGAUCCUCCAAUGUCAACUAUAGUUGUCAGAUGGCUGAAAAAGAACAUGCAGCCCACUGAAGAUCUUCAUUCAAUCAUUGAGAGGCUGUCCUUGUUUGGGCCAAUUAAGUCAGUCAACCUUUGUGGAAGGCAAAGUGCUAUUGUGGUGUUUGAGAACAUGACUUCAGCUUGCAAGGCUGUGAAUGCUUUUCAAAGCAGGAUUCCGGGCACAAUGUUCCAGUGUUCUUGGCAACAACAGUUCAUGUCAAAAUAUGGCAGGAGUGGCAGCGGCAGCAUCGAGGCCCCGCACAUGGAAAGGCAGGGGCAGCAACCUGGGGUGGAGGACUACGGCCCCAACGCAGCUCCCACACUUCCACUGGAGUCAGGAGUUCAACAUCAAACCUCUGUUAAUUCUUAA